AUGGAGAUGAAUAUCAAGCCUUUGACCCCGGGUGAAGACCUUAGUAAACAAUGGAAAAUGUUUCAAUGGCAGUUCGAGGGGUACAUCAUGUUGAGUGACGUCCGCGCGGCCUGGAGUAAAGAAAAACAAGCAAGUGUCAUGAUGCAUUUCUUGGGAUUGGACUGUGCUUAUUUGUAUGACACUGCCACCGCCGCGAUUGCUCGGAAGCAAGGGGAGGACAUUGAUAGCUUUGUGGCCAAGUGCCGAGAGAAGAUUGAACGAUGUGGGUUGCCAGCGGGGUACAACACAGACUUUUGGAUUGUAGAUGCCCUUGUGCACCCCCUGCAAGACCUGACGUUACAGCAACACUUCUUUCGGAUGAAAGAUUUGAAGCUUGAGAAGGUCAUGGAAGACCUCAAAGUUCAUGAAGCAGGGCAACUUCAAGUCAAAGAAAUAAUUACCAAGAAAGUCGCGCAGUGUUCCACAGAGCUGACGCCCAUCAUUGUCCUGCAGCUGGGCGGUCCCCGGGAGCACCGGGUGUCCCUGUGCCGCACGCUCUGGCUGGUGUGGGCGGUGCUGUUCCAGGCGGCCGUCAACGUGGACUGCCCCCGUGGAUACACCGCCAGGUGCAUGGCCAACGUGUGGGCCAUGUUCGCGCUCAUCUUCCUCGCCAUCUACACCGCCAACCUCGCGGCCUUCAUGAUCACCCGCGAGGAGUUCCACGAACUGUCCGGGAUCAACGACACCAAGCUCAACAACCCCUAUUCGCUCAAGCCACCCUUCCGGUUCGGCACCAUCCCCCACGGCAACACGGACGCGGUGCUGCGCCGGAACUUCCCCCAGAUGCACGGCUACAUGCGGCAGUACAACCGCAGCUCGGUGGCGGACGGCGUGCGCGCCGUCAAGGACGGGUCCCUGGACGCCUUCCUGUACGACGCCACGGUGCUGGACUACCUGGCGGGCCAGGACGCGGACUGCGUGCUCGUCACGGUGGGCUCGUGGUUUGCCAUGACGGGCUACGGCGUGGGCUUCCCACGGCACUCCAAGUACCGCCCGCUCAUCAACCGCCUGCUCAUGGAGUACCGCGAGAACGGUGACCUGGAGCGCCUCCGUCGCUACUGGUUCACGGGCUCCUGCAACAACCCCGCGGGCAAGGAGAAGCAGAGCCGCUCGGACCCGCUCGCCUUGGAGCAGUUCUUCAGCACCUUCCUCCUGCUGCUGCUCGGCAUGGCCUUCUCGGGCGUGCUCCUGUUCGGCGAGAACGUGUACCUCAAGUACGCGCUCAAGAGACAGCGGCGCCUCGGCCUGGACGGCCGGGGCAGCCCGCACCACCAGCUGCCGCACCAGGUGCACCCCGAGGACCGGCGGCGGGUGCUGCGCGCCCAGCUGGUGGACCUCAACCGGAGGCAGGACCUGCGCAAGCCGUCGGGCGCCCCGGGACCAGAGCCGCCGCCGCCGCCGCCCAGCAGGGUGGGGAUGUACAUGGCGAGCUGCUGCGCGCUCUUCAGCACGAGCCUGGGCCGGUCGCUGAUGGGCGAGCCCCCGCGGAUGGCACCCGCCCGCCGGCUGCUGCUGGCCGGCCCCCUGGGCGCCCACGAGCAGAACCAGCUGCACGGGCUGCGCGCGCAGCCGCACGACCCGGAGCGCUGCACCGCGGCGCACAAGCACCUCCAGGCCGCCCUCGCCGACGCGCGCGCCCGCGCCGACAAGCUGGAGCGCAUGCUGCGCGGCGCCCAGCAGCAGCGCGGCUUCCAGGGCGUCGUCCAGAGCGUCGUCCCGCAGAUGAGGGCCUUCAGCACGGCCAGCGUGGCCACGGUGUGCAGCAGGGCCAGCGUGGUGCACGGGCCCCGCUGGUCUCCGGACGGCUCCCCGGUCCGGCUGCCCGCCAGCAGGCGGUGCGCUGGCGUGGGCGGCGUGCCCACCCAGCCCGCGAGCCACUCGCGAGGCUGCCCCGCGGCCCCGUCCCCAGGGCAGCCCACGCACCACCACCUCAACAGCGCCGCCGCCUACGCCCUGCGACACGAGGCGGCCGGCGCCCCCACGCCGCCCGAGUUCGAGACUGUUCUCUGAACGACCACCGUGGACAAAGAAACGAUAAUAAAUCCAGCUCAAUUUAUAGGGGAGUCCAGCCCGACUGCCCCAUAGCCGAAUGUCUUAAUGUCCAUAUAUGUAUUUUCUCAUGUUUAUGUUCCAUAGCUCCUCUGUUAUGUUUGAAAAUUGUUUAACAUCUUUUGAGACUUAAUGUUUCUUGUUGAUCUAGAAAAGGUAUGUAGUUUGAAAAAAAAAUCAGAGAGAUUUCCUGGGCCAAUGCAUGUUUUUUUCUCAAUGCUGCCAUUUACUCUUAAGAUUUCUUGUAGAAAAUAAAUUAUUCAGGGUAAA